UCUGCUACCCCUUCAAACCAUUCAAAAAUUUUGGUAAGUAGGGUAUUCUACCCGAUAUUGUAUGGAGCGGAUCCGACGGGGGUGCAAGAUAGCAGCGACGCCAUACUGAAUUGUGUGAACGGCGCAGUAAAGGAAGCCCAAACAGGGGCGCAGUUGAUGCCAGGAGUGAAUGAUUUUGGUGGUGCGAUCAUUGAUUUCCAAGGUGGCAACUUUAAGCUCAGCAAACCUAUUAGAAUUCCUUCUGGAGUAGGCAAUCUUGUGCUACAGUCGGGUUCAUUCCGAGCAUCGUCCACAUUUCCCGGCGACAGAUAUCUCCUAGAACUAUGGUCUCCCAACUCUCGCAAACUCGACAUCCCUCGACAACAACCCCUUAAAUUCUAUCCCGCCGCCAACAAAGGCCCCGCCGCAGCCGUCGCCGCCUCCGCCCCAAACAUCUAUUACGAAGACAUCACCGUCCGCGACUUCCUCUUCGACUCCUCCUUCCGCGGCGGAGGCAUCCUCGUCGUCGACUCCGUCCGAACCCGCAUAACCACCUGCUUCUUCAUCCACUUCACCCUCCAAGCCAUUCUCGUCGUCAGAGGUCACGAGACCUUCGUCUCCAACACCUUCAUCGGCCAGCGCCUCACCGUCGGCGGCGACCCCCACGAGCGCGACUUCUCUGGAACCGGCAUCGACCUCGCCAGCAACGACAACGCCGUGACGGACGUGGUUAUCUUCUCCGCCGCCAUCGGCAUCCUCCUCCGCGGCGGAGCCAACAUGAUCACGGGCGUGCACUGCUACAACAAGGCCACCGCGUUCGGCGGCGUGGGCAUUUUGAUCAAAUUAGGCGGUCUCACGCAGACCAGGAUAGACAACUGCUACUUGGAUUACACGGGGAUAGUGACGGAAGACCCAGUGCACCUGCACAUCACGAAUGGCUUUUUCCUUGGAGAUGCCAAUGUGGUGAUCAAAUCCGUGAAGGGUCAAAUUUCAGGGUUGAUGAUCGCGGAUAACAUAUUUAGGGGGAACUGGAAUCGGAUGAUUCCGAUUGUGAAACUGGAGGGGAAGUUUACGGACGUCAAUCAGGUGGUGAUUGAUCGAAACGACGUCACGGGGAUGGCUUUAAAGUCGACGGUGGGGAGAUUGACCGUGGCCGGAAACGGGACUCAGUGGGUGGCGGAUUUUUCGCCGGUAUUGGUGUUUCCUAACAUGAUAUAUCAUUUUCAGUACUCGCUGUAUGCGCGACAAGGAGUGGCGGGUUUACCGGCGCAUGCGGUGACGGAAGUGUGGAAUAAUAGGGUGAUGGUGCAGAGCAACGCGGUGAUUGAUGCGGUGGUUUCGGUGGCGGUCGAUCAGUACAACAUGGUAGGGGAAGAAUACUUGCUUAAUUAA